CCCCAACCCACCACCCCACCUCUCUCGACACUCUCUACUUUCUUAUUGCGCGCCUCUGGAGUUGUGCGCUUGGGUCUAAUCCUUCCUUUCCUUCCAAUACCCCUCGUUCGAGUGUGCUCUCUCACCCUCGGUGAGCUCGGAGCUCGUCUUUCGCAAACAUGGCGCAGCGCCAGGUUCCAUUGCAUGUCACGCAGCCCACGCUGCUCACGAACUUGAACAUUCUUCCAGCAUCAAUAUCAUGGCAGAACUGCACGCUCGAGUCCGACAAGUACGUUUGCGUGCGCCAAGUCAACAGCGAGGCCAACGCUCCCGCCGAGACGGUUAUCAUCGACCUCAAGAACACAAACAAUGUCAUCCGGAGACCGAUUCGCGCCGACAGCGCUAUUAUGCAUUUGACUGAGCCCAUCAUAGCCCUCAAGGCGCAAGGCCGGACGCUGCAGCUGUUCAACCUGGAGACGAAGGAGCGUCUGCAGACAUACAGCCAUCAGGAAGACAUCCAAUUCUGGCGGUGGAUCAGCCAAACUACCCUCGCGCUCGUGAGCACCAAGGCUGUUUACCAUUGGGACGUGCUGGACUCGAAGACCGCUGUCGCGCCACGCAAGAUCUUCGACCGCCAAGAGCAGCUCGAGAACAACCAAAUCAUCAACUACGUCACUAACGAUGACGAGAGCUGGUCCUGCUUGGUUGGAAUCACGUCGAACCCUGCUGGAGGCAUUCGCGGUAACAUGCAGCUGUUCUCCAAGGCGAGGAACGUCAGCCAGCCUCUCGAGGGUCAUGCUGCCACGUUUGGAACGAUUCGCCUCGAUGGCGCUUCGACAGAUACCAAGCUCUUCGCCUUCGCUGUCAAGUCCUCGUCUGGAGAAGCGAAGAUCAACAUCGUUGAGGUCGACCACAAUGCCGCGAACCCAGCCUUCCCCAAGCGCUUGAUCCCGAUACAUUGGCCUGCCGAGGGCAAUGGUGAUUUCCCCCUCGGUAUUCACAUCGCGCACAAAUACGGCAUCUUAAUCGUAAUCACCAAAUUUGGCUUCAUCCACCUGCACGAUCUCGAGACCGGUACCGCUCUGUUCUUGAACAGGAUCUCGGAAGAGACCGUGUUCACUACUGCACGCGACGACGAGGGCACGGGUGUAGUUGUGAUCAACAAGCGAGGACAGGUGCUACACACGACAAUUCGGGAAGACAGCCUAAUCCCGUACAUUAUGGAGAACCCAGCCUGUGCGGAAAUUGCGUACAAACUUGCGUCAAAAGGUGGCCUUCCUGGUGCCGACCAGCUAUACUCACAGCGAUUCGAGACGCUCAUGUCGCAAGGCAACUAUGCGGAAGGAGCUAAGGUCGCCGCCAACUCGCCGCGAGGCUUCCUGCGCACAAUGAACACCAUCAACAGGCUACGUCAGGUUCCCAGCCAACCGGGCCAAAUUACUGUGCUACUACAGUACUUUGGCCAGUUAUUGGAUAAAGGUGGCUUGAACAGGGAAGAAACCCUAGAGCUCGCCCGUCCAGUGUUUGUGCAAGGUCGAAAACAUCUCAUUGAGAAGUGGCAGAAGGAGGGCAAGCUGCAUUGUUCAGAAGAGCUUGGAGACGUCGCCAAGCCUCAUGACUUGAAUCUUGCUCUAGCAAUCUACAAGGAAGCCAACGUUCCCCAAAAGGUGGUUGCAUCCCUCGCGGAGCUUGGUCACUACGACCUUAUUCUUCAGUACUGCAACAGCGUUGGCUACACACCAGAUUACAACGUUCUACUUCAACACGUCGUGCGCAUCAACGCUGAAAAGGGAGCUGAAUUCGCCUCGCAGCUUGCGAAGAACGAGGGAGGACCAUUGAUCAGCAUCGACCGCGUUGUGGACAUUUUCCAGUCACAAGGCAUGAUCCAACAAGCAACCGCAUUCUUGCUUGACGUUCUCUCGAACGACAAGCCGGAGGAGGGUCAUCUUCAGACUAAGCUACUUGAAAUGAAUCUGCUUAACGCUCCUCAGGUUGCGGAUGCCAUUCUUGGAAACGAAAUGUUCCACCAUUACGACAAGGCUCGCAUCGCCCAACUUUGCGAAAACGCCGGUCUACUGACGCGAGCUCUGGAACACAACGACGACCCCGCAGCUAUCAAGCGCAUUAUCGUACAAACCGACAAAUUGCCAGAGGAAUGGUUGAUCAAUUACUUUGGCCAGUUGACAGUCGAGCUUUCUCUCGAAUCACUGGAUGCUAUGCUCACGACAAACAUCCGACAAAACUUGCAGGCUGUCAUUCGUAUCUCGCAAAAGUACUCGGAUCUGCUCGGCGCUACAAGGAUUAUCGACCUCCUGGAGAAGCAUCGCACCGCCGAAGGCUUGUACUUCUUCCUCGGUUCCAUCGUCAACGUCAGUGAGGACAAGGAUGUUCACUUCAAGUACAUCGAGGCGGCGACUACAAUGGGGCAAUUGAAUGAGGUUGAGCGUAUUUGCCGCGAAUCUAAUCAUUUUGAUGCGGAGAAAGUCAAAAACUUCCUCAAGGAGGCCAACCUCACCGAGCAGCUACCCCUCAUCAUCGUCUGUGAUCGUUUCAACUUCAUCCACGAUCUAGUGCUGCACCUAUACAAGAAGCAGCAGUUCAAGUCAAUCGAGGUUUACGUACAGCGCGUCAACCCUGCCCGGACACCUGCCGUUAUUGGCGGCCUGCUUGACGUGGACUGUGACGAGAACAUCAUCAAGGGUCUCUUGAAUUCCGUGACGCCCUCAUCAAUCCCAAUUGACGAAUUGGUUGCGGAGGUCGAAUCUCGAAACCGACUGAAGCUCCUUCUUCCGUUCCUCGAGCAGACCUUAGCCAGCGGAAAUCAGCAACAGGCUGUGUACAACGCCCUGGCCAAGAUCUACAUCGACUCGAACAACAACCCAGAGCGAUUUCUCAAAGACAACGACCUGUACGACACCCUUACUGUUGGUAAAUACUGCGAGAAGCGUGAUCCCAACCUUGCGUUCAUUGCGUACGAAAAGGGCAACAACGACCUCGAGCUCAUUAACAUCACCAAUGAAAACGCCAUGUUCAAAGCACAGGCACGGUAUUUGCUUGAGCGUGCGGACUCUGAGAUCUGGGACUAUGUUCUCAACCCCAACAACAUGCAUCGCCGCUCGCUUGUUGACCAAGUGGUCUCCACUGCCGUACCCUCUUCGGAUAACCCUGAUAAAGUCAGCGUCGCUGUCAAAGCUUUCAUCACGGCUGACAUGCCUUCGGAGUUGAUUGAUUUGCUUGAGAAGAUUAUCUUGGAACCAUCCACAUUCUCUGACAACCCUUCGCUCCAGAAUCUGCUUAUGCUUACGGCUGCCAAAUCCGACCGCGGACGCAUGAUGGGCUACAUUGAACAGCUUGAGAACUACACACCCGAGGACAUUGCACAACAAUGUAUCGAAGUCGGCAUGUUCGACGAAGCUUUCGAGAUCCACAAGAAGCACAACAGUCACGUCGAGGCUGCCGAUGUCCUCAUCGAGCAUAUCGUAAGUAUCGAUCGUGCCGCAGAUUACGCUGACCGUGUCGAUCUGCCCGAAGUCUGGAGCAGGGUUGCGAAGGCCCAGUUGGAUGGUCUGCGUGUCACAGAUUCCAUCGAGUCUUAUAUUCGCGCUGGAGAUCCCUCGAACUUCUUGGAGGUCAUUGAAAUUGGUACCCACGCAGGAAAAGACGAAGAUCUGAUCAAGUUCUUGAGAAUGGCCCGCAAGACUCUCCGGGAGGUUCCCAUCGAUACUGCGUUGGCUUUCUGCUUCGCCCGUACUAACCAGCUACCUGAGCUUGAGGACUUCUUGCGCGCCACCAACGUCGCGGAUGUUGAGGCUUCCGGUGACAAGGCUUACGAAGAGGGUCACCAUGAGGCUGCCAAGAUUUUCUUCACCAGCAUCUCCAACUGGGCUAAGCUCGCGACCACACUUGUACACCUUGAAGACUACCAAGCGGCCGUGGACUGCGCGAGGAAAGCCAAUAAUGUCAAAGUGUGGAGACAAGUAAACGAGGCCUGUAUCGCGCAGAAGGAAUUCCGCCUUGCUCAAAUUUGUGGUCUCAACCUUAUCGUCCACGCCGAAGAGCUUUCCGAGCUUGUUAAGCAGUACGAGCGCAACGGGUACUUCGAUGAACUCAUCAGCCUUCUCGAAGCUGGUCUUGGUCUGGAGCGCGCUCAUAUGGGAAUAUUUACCGAGUUGGGUAUUGCCCUUGCAAAGUACCACCCUGAGCGUGUCAUGGAGCACCUCCGCCUUUUCUGGUCUCGAAUCAACAUUCCAAAGAUGAUCCGUUCCUGCGAGGAGUCUCACUUGUGGCCGGAGCUCAUCUUCUUGUAUGUUCACUACGAUGAGUGGGACAAUGCUGCUCUCGCCAUGAUGGAGCGCGCAGCGGAUGCCUGGGAGCACCAGGCGUUCAAAGAUACUAUCACGAAGGCCACCAACGUCGAGAUCUACUACCGUGCCUUGGGAUUCUAUCUUGAGGAGCAGCCAACCCUCCUGACCGAUUUGUUGCAAGCACUCACUCCUAGGAUUGACGUCAACCGUGUCGUUCGUAUGUUCGUCAAAUCAGACAACAUCCCUCUGAUCAAGCCUUUCCUCCUCAACGUUCAGUCGCAGAACAAACGUGAAGUCAACAACGCCCUCAAUGAUCUUCUGAUCGAAGAGGAAGACUACAAGACGCUGCGCGACUCCGUUAACAACCAUGACAACUACGAUCCGGUUGAUCUUGCUCAGCGUUUGGAGAAACACGACCUGGUAUUCUUCCGUCAAAUUGCGGCUGACAUUUACCGCAAGAACAAGCGAUGGGAGAAGUCUAUUGGCUUGUCCAAGCAGGACAAGCUGUUCAAAGAUGCUAUCGAGACGUCGGCCAUGUCCAGCAAGGCUGAGAUCGUGGAGGAUCUGCUUCGCUAUUUCGUCGACAUUGGUAGCCGCGAGUGCUAUGUCGGUAUGCUCUAUGCUUGCUACGAUCUCAUUCGUCCUGAUGUCAUUCUGGAAAUGUCGUGGCGCAACGGUCUUCACGACUUCACUAUGCCAUACAUGAUCAACCUCCUCUCCAGGCAGACUGUCGCAUUGGAGCAGCUAAAGACAGACAACGAGGAGCGCAAGGCCCGCGAAGUCUCGCAGCAGAAGAAGGAGGAGGACACUCCAAUUCUGGGCUCGCGUCUUAUGCUCACACAGGGCCCGAUUGCUUCGGCUCCCUCUCCCGGUCCUUAUGGACAGGCCAACGGAAUGGCGCCUCAACCGACUGGUGCUUACCGUGCCUUCUGAAGUAACGAUUGAUGUUAAUCUUUUGAUGGGGUAUGCAAAAGCGAGUGCCGGUUGGGUGCAUACAUUGCUGGAUCAAUAGGCAGCGGUGGCAGCGGUGUACUCUACAGGCGUUGAC